AUGUCUAAUAAUAAAACUAACCUCACUCAGACUUUAUUGCUCUUCGACCGAGAUGCACCGGUGAAGACUUUUUUGUCCGUGACCCCGUGUGUUAUUUUUCUCUAUGUCAAUGGGGUCAUGCUCUUCACCUUGAGGAAAAAGACUGUUUUCCAGGAUUCAUCUCGCUACAUUCUGUUCGGACACAUGCUUUGGGUCGAUACGCUCAAUCUGUUUAUGAGUGUACUGCUGUUUGUUUGUGCUGUUAGUAGGAUUUUCAUUAUGAAAAAUGUCUGUCUCAUACUUCUUAUUGUUGCAACAGCUCUCUUUCACGUCUCAACCCUAAAUCUGGCUUUAAUGUCACUGGAGAGGUAUGUGGCCAUCUGCUUUCCUCUCAGGCAUGCAGAUAUCACCACGUACAGAAGAACUAACAUUGUCAUUGGUGUUGUCUGGAUGAUAGGGUUGAUUCAAUGCUUAUCUGAGAUGACUAUUUUCUAUGCCUUUGAUUCUACAAACACAGCAAUGAAUUUGUUUUGCUCAAGAACGACUCUUUUCAGACUGCCGAUAUAUAAGAUACUUGACAUAGCUUUUACUUGUAUAUAUUUUCUGUCUGUGUGUUUCAUUAUAAUCUUUACUUAUGCUUCUAUAGCAGCCGUGGCUAAAACGGCCUCAUGUGAUAAGAUGUCAGCCAAAAAAGCCAAUAAGACUGUCCUGUUGCAUUUAAUACAGCUGGGUCUGGGCGCUGCAUCACUGUUAGUUGGCGUUAUCCAAGAGGCCAUUUAUGUUUAUCUUGACUAUAUGACUACGAUACACAUCAUGUAUUUUUGCUUUGUAGUCUUUAUAAUUUUCCCAAAAUGUCUUAGUCCUCUCAUAUAUGGCCUGAGAGAUCAAUCUUUUAGCUGUUUAUUCAAAUACUACUUUACAUUUGGUUUCAAAAAGCAAAACACUUGUCCUACAGAGACACAUUUAGUAGCAGGGAUUUGA